AGUAGACAAAGCAUCAAUGAAUUUACUGUAUCCUGUCAUUCAAUUUUUAUACUGACCCCAAGAAGUCAUGUUGAACACAACCGAAGCUAUAAAUUUUCAGUUCACGAAAAGAGACGAAAUAUACUCUAUAUUAACAGUUCUUUCAUCUUCAUUGUCAGUUUUUGGAGGGAUUGGAAUUAUCGCCAUUUACCUCUGCUUCAGAGAUCUUCGGACAUGCGGGAGAAAGCUGUUGGUUUAUUUGAGCCUAAUGGAUGCUUUGACCGCUUUUGGUAACAUUCUCGGCGUCGUUUGGUUGUUAUGUCGUGCAGGAACCACGUGUCAUUCGGUGUACGAGAGCAUGGGGUUUUGUAGACUACAUGCUUCUCUAACUAUUUUUUCGAGCAUCAGCUCAUUCAUCUGGAUGAUUAUAAUUGGUGUUUGUUUGUUAAAAAGUAUAAUUUGGAACAUGCCCACGUUUGCCAGGACAUAUAUGAAAGUUUUCUACCUUAUAGCUUGGCCAGUUCCAGGAUUGGUAGCCAUUUUGAGUUUAUCUCUGGAUGUGAUUGGCUAUGAUAAAAACAUCGCAAGCUGGUGCUGGAUUGAUCCAAACACUCCCGCCAUCUUAUUCUGGCAGUUCUUUACCGGGAAGGCGUGGGAAAUGACUGCUUAUUUGUCAACCAUAAUAAUGUAUUCGGUCGUCAGAUGCUUCUUAUUCAAACAUACGAACAAGAAGAGUCUUGCAAAAAGUAAGAAGAAUUCCAGAAAGGCUGCCCUACAAGAAGCGAACCUGAAGCUCACGUUUGUGCCAGUUGUUUUCAUCGUACUCAGGGUGUGGGGGACGCUGAGAUUUCUCCUAGGGAAUCUGGCGCACUACGACGCUCCAUGGAUAUCAUACCUACAGGGAGUCGGUGAUAGUUCCCAGGGCUUUGCCAAUUUUAUCCUUUAUUGUGCUUUGACUGAUAAAGUAAGAGAAAGGGUGUUUUCCGCCAUAUGUUUACGACACAGAAUUCAACAUCCGGAAGAGAAUAUUCGACAACUCAAAGCAUCAACAGUAGAAACGCAGCUGUCUCAUAAUGACGCGACAAGGACGGACUGAAAAAUCAUUGCUAAAAAAAUUAAAUAUCAAGAGAAGUCAAUGUGCUGUAAAUGAAUAUUAAAGUACAGGGUAUUCACUAUUUCUUGUGUGUAUAUUUCUCAAUUUUUGUGU